AGAGGAAAACAAGUAUAAAUGCCGGACAGGGUGAAUGUUGUACAAGGUGAACCCUAUGGUGGCUGUUCGACAUGUUCAAAGUUGUGUCUUAUGUAGGCGGCUGUACUUGGGCAUUUCUUACGGGACGGCCAAGCCGCGCGGCCCCUUCAUCAAAAAUCCACUGGGCGAGCGGUGCAUCAUGUCAGAAAUCAGAACUGAGAUGCCCUCCUACGGAUAUACCAGAGAUGCCCUCUUGCAAUUUCAUUCCAGAGGAAUACAAGGGAAUGUCAAAAGCAAAAAUGAUUGAGAUCCGCAAACAGAUCUGCAACCCAAUGACCAUGAAAGUUACUUACUAUAAGAAACCAGUGUUCAUCCAUCAGGGAUACAUGCAGUAUCUGUGGGAUGUGGAUGGGAACCGAUAUCUGGAUCUAUUUGCUGGUGUGGCCACCGUCAGCGUGGGCCACUGCCACCCGAAAGUAACUCUUGCAGCAGAAAAACAGCUGAGAAAACUUUGGCAUACCACUCAUAUUUAUGCCUAUCCUACUCUCCAUGAGUACUGUGAAAAACUUGUCUCCUACCUCCCUGAUCCUCUGAAGGUGGUUUUUCUAACAAACAGCGGCACUGAAGCCAAUGAUCUUGCGAUGUUGAUUGCUCGUCUCUACACUGGCAACUUCGAUAUUAUCACUUUGAGAGGAUCUUAUCAUGGUGGGGGAUCAAUGACCAUCGGGCUUACGUCUAACGCAGCCUAUAAAUACCCGGUGCCCAGCAGUCUAGGUUGUACAAAUACCAUGUGUCCAGAUGUGUUCAGAGGUCCAUGGGGAGGAAGCCACUGCAGGGACUCACCUGUACAGACUACAAGAGAGUGUAGCUGUCCUCCAGGUCAGUGUGUGGCGAAUGAGCAGUACAUUGGACAACUGAAAGAGACAUUAGCUACAAGCGUCCCAGCUAGAAUUGCUGCUUUCUUUGCAGAGCCUAUUCAGGGAGUCGGAGGAGCUGUUCAGUACCCGAAAAACUACCUUAAAGAAGCUUACAAACUUAUAAGAGAGAGAGGAGGGCUCUGCAUUGCUGAUGAGGUUCAAACCGGAUUUGGGCGAACUGGAAGCCACUUCUGGGGUUUUCAAGGACAUGAUGUCAUCCCUGACAUUGUUACAAUGGCUAAGGGCAUCGGUAAUGGAUUCCCUAUGGGAGCUGUUGUUACAACAUCAGAAAUCGCUGCUUGUUUUGUUAAGGGACUCCAUUUUAACACCUUUGGUGGAAGUCCUGUGGCUUGUGCUGUUGCUUCGGCAGUGCUUGAUACCAUUGUUGAGGAUGGCUCACAGAAGAACAGUCUCCAUGUGGGCACCUAUCUCAUGAAAGGGCUGGCAAAACUCAGAGACAAGUAUGAAAUAGUCGGCGAUGUUCGUGGGAAAGGGCUGCAGAUUGGUGUAGAAAUGGUCAAGAACAAGACCAGCAAAGAUCCACUGCCUGCUGAGGAUAUGGCUGAGAUCUUUGAGGAUGUUAAAGAUAUGGGAGUCCUCAUUGGCAAAGGAGGAGUUUAUGGACAGAUCUUCCGCAUCAAACCCCCCAUGUGCAUCACAAAGGAGGAUGCAGAUUUCUUCUUGGCAGUUUUUGACAAGGCCGUCUACAACUACAUGGAAAGAAGAUGAAAGCUCAAUAAAAGGUCACUCAAAGGCAAGGA